AUGGGAUAUAAGAUAUAUUCUAACUCUGACUUAGUUCAAACAGUAACAUGGGCAAACUAUGAAUGGUUCGCUUUGAGAAACUCAGUACAACCACAAGCUAGAGAACAAACAGACCAGUAUGCAAAUAUUGAGAAAAUAAGAAGACUUGACCCUAACGUUCCAGGAGUUUAUGUUAACCUUUCUGGUUCAGAUGGAACUGCUGCCACUAAAGUAAAACUGAAACUUAGAGUUCCUUUGUCAUCUUUCCUCAUCUUCAGGUUUUUAAGAUACUUGCCAAACUGGGCAGGAAAAAUUUCUAUCGAACUUACUCCAAGCAAAAAUAACUUAGUCAUUGCACCAACACAAGACCCAUUCACUAUUACAGACGUAAAGGGAACAAAUCAAACGUCAUUCGCCGAAUUUUGCAAAGACAAAGUUGACUUAGACUUUGGUUUCUCAAACUUCAACAAUGAAGUAAACUAUUAUUUCAAUGCUGCUGGAACUGCUUGGGACCCAGUUAAGUUUACAUGCGAAAAAUUUGAAUGCAAGAGAAUAGAAAGCAGACUUGCAGUCUAUAUGUUGGACCCAGAUAUUUCAAAUGCUUUAGCUGCCAAAUAUAUUGCAGUUCCACUUAUGUUCCCUAUACACCAAAUAUCUGUCAAAGACUUUGCAGGUGAAGUUGGAAACCAAAGUGCUGACCCAGGUGCAAGAACAGAUAUUGCUUUAACAACUGCAAUGAAACAUGCAGAUACUAUGUUUGUACUGUUCAGACGAACUAUAAAUGACUAUUCUUGUUUCUACAACCCCGGUAUUAAAUAUCAUAUAAACAUAGAUGGCAAAUAUUAUCCAAGAGAAGAAUAUUCUACAGUUGAGGAUAUGAGGUCAUACAACUUGACAUUAGAUGCUAUGAACUUUAACAACAACUUCACAACAACCAUUAACCCUGAAAUGCAAAGUUCUAUUAUGCCAUAUGUGA